CAGUACAGAGGCCUCACCAGUGACACAAAAUGGGAAAGAUCAUCUUCUACGAGGACAGGAACUUCCAGGGCCGCUCCUACGAGUGCAGCUCUGACUGUUCUGACCUUCACUCCUAUUUCAACCGUUGCAACUCCAUCCGUGUCGAGAAUGGAAACUGGAUGCUGUAUGAACGGCCCAACUACACAGGGCACCAGUACUUCCUGAGAAGGGGAGAAUACCCUGACUUUCAGCAAUGGAUGGGAUUUAACGAUUCCAUUAGGUCCUGUCGGAUAAUCCCUCAGCAUCGUGGCUCCUUUAGAGUCAGGAUCUAUGAGAGGGAAGAUUUUAGAGGCCAGAUGAUGGAAUUUACUGAAGAUUGUCCUCAAGUCUAUGAGGAAUUCAAUUACCAUGACAUUCAUUCUUGCAACGUGCUUGAAGGCCACUGGAUCUUCUAUGAACUACCCAAUUACCGAGGUCGUCAGUACUACCUGAGACCUGGAGAGUACAGGAGAUACACUGAGUGGGGUGCUGUCACUCCCAGAGUUGGCUCUUUCAGAAGAGUUCAAGAAUUGUUUUGAAAUGAAUGUGAACCGUGAACCCUAUCAGUAAACUUAAUAAAGCAUAUUAAAGUGCAAUUAUA